GGAGCAGCAGCGGCAGCAAGAGCCCGCCUCUAUGAUGAAGUUCAAGCCCAACCAGACGCGGACCUACGACCGCGAGGGCUUCAAGAAGCGGGCGGCGUGCCUGUGCUUCCGGAGCGAGCAGGAGGACGAGGUGCUGUUGGUGAGCAGCAGUCGGUACCCAGACCAAUGGAUCGUCCCAGGCGGAGGCAUGGAGCCCGAGGAGGAGCCUGGUGGUGCCGCGGUGAGGGAGGUCUAUGAAGAGGCUGGAGUCAAAGGAAAAUUAGGCAGACUCCUGGGCAUAUUUGAGCAGAACCAAGACCGAAAGCACAGGACAUAUGUUUAUGUUCUUACUGUCACUGAAAUAUUAGAAGAUUGGGAAGAUUCUGUUAAUAUAGGAAGGAAGAGAGAGUGGUUCAAAGUUGAAGAUGCUAUCAAAGUUCUCCAGUGUCAUAAGCCUGUACAUGCAGAGUAUCUGGAAAAACUAAAGCUGGGUUGUUCUCCAUCCAAUGGCAAUUCCACUGUCCCUUCCCUUCCAGAUAAUAACACCUUGUUUGUAACUGCUGCACAGACCCCUGGGUUGCCAUCUAGUAUCAGAUAGAGGGGGCUGGGAGCAUCUCCCCCACCAUGUGCCACCUCACGGGGAGAGGCUUCUUUACUUUCCUUGGCAAACAUCUGAAUGACGCUUGCAAACUGUCUGAAUUUGCCCUGCAGGAUUUUCAAACAAUUUGCAUGUUUUUCAGAUGAUUUCAAAUCUUUUUUUUUUUUUAAAGUGUAAAAUAUUUUAAUAAGCCAAAGCCAUGUGGAAUUUUUUUUAGAUGCCUUAACUGUGCCCCCUGCCCCACCCCCCCAUGUUAUUUUGUCAUUUUUUUUAGUGUUUUGUCCAUUCGACAUCAGUCUGUGGUUUUCGUCAGAUCAACUUACUUGUGGGUACAUUUUCCCCCUAAAUUGGUCUCUCAUUCACAGCAUUAACGUAUUCAACAAAUCCUGUUGUGGGAAUUUACGAAGAUCCUGAUAUUAAAGAAAUCCACCCAUCCAAAAACUUAUUUCAUAGGAUCACAAUUUUAAUUCAUAAAUUCCAGAUUUGGACUCUUUCUGUAUGGGUCAGUAACUAUUUUGACAAAGGACUCAAUUUGCUGUUUUUAGGAAUUUGUCAACUCAUUUGUCUCAAUUUUCACAACUAGUAUUAUUGUCACUAGCUACCUGAUAUGGCAAAUUCCCCUAUAACUCAAUAGUCCUUUAACAUAAAGUUCAACUCUCGGAGUUGGUGAUUUUUAGGGAGGUAUUGUAAGCAAAAUGCAUGAAGCAAAUACAUGUCAUGAAAACUGUAUUCAUGGGAUUUGAGUUAGCAUGUUUGUCAGUUCCCUUUAUCAAUAAUCUCUCUUUACAUAGAAUACCUGAGAACCGUAUUUCCCUCAAUGUAAAUUCCUUUUACAAAUGUACUUUGUUUUUGAGUUUAGUGACACCUCUUCAGUUAAACUUGCUGGUUACCGAUAACCACAGGAUUGUAGUCUAGCCUCAAAUGCCAGUCAGGGGUGACUGCGUCAACGAUUGAGUAAAAGGGCCUUUUGCUGUUCAGCUGUUACAGACCUAGAUUGUUAGGGCACCACAGAAUGUCUCAUCUUAUAUAGGUUGUCAAGAGGUACCAGUUGUCAUAUAACUUUUGGGGCACUGGAACAUCCCUGAACUAAGAAUUAUUUUGUCUCAUACUUGUUUUUAUACUCAAAAUCAAGAAUCCCAUCUAAAAUACAUAGGUACCUUCUCUGAAACUCCUGGACUUCCCCAACCAGGUCAGAAAUGAGGUGGGAGGAAAACCCUUUGAAAAAGAUGUGGGGUGGGACGAGGGAAAGAUCAUCCUACACAUAGACAUUUGCCUCCUGUAGCCAUUGUCCCUGGUGAGUACAGAGUAGACAAUAAGUAUAGGUAUACCUCUCUUUUACAAAUUGUUAAUCUCUAAAAAGACAAUUGCUGCUAAAAAUAGUGCUGUUACACUUGAGGAAAAUGGGUGCCACUGUUUUGAAAAGGAGAUCCUGUGCCAUAAAUGCAGCUGAAUAGAAACAUUAGUUCACAAAUUAAUGCUGUCAAAAGAAUGAGUAAAGUAGAAAAACUUUUAACCAAUGACAUUUCAUUCUAAAUUAUGUAGUGUGAUCAAACAUGGUCAUCAGAACUUGUAUAUUUUUCUUUGUACAGAGGUUAUGUAUUCUGGGUGUUUUUUAAAAAGGAAACAUUUUAAAUCCCACAGACUGACACUUUGUAUCGACCUUCAAUGGACUAAGAUUUUUUUCUCAGUAAUCUCUGAAGUUUCUUUAAAUUAUAUACUUAACAGAGAAACUGGAUAGUUUUUGUAUAUAAGACUGUGUCCACCUGAAAUGCUGUCACAAGUAUGGGGAGGGGGGGUUAUCUUGUACAUGAUAUUUUUAGAGGUAAUAAUGCAUGAACUUAUUUUAUAAACUCUUGGACUAUGUAUUUGACAUGUAAAAUAUGUACAGUAUUAAUGUCAGCCAUCUCUUAAAAAUGAGCCUAUAAAUAUUGUUGUAUAAUUUCCUUUGGUCAGAAACGUUUGGACUAAGUAGUGCCACUGGGGUCAGGAUUUUCUUCAGUGCCAUUUAGCUAACCACCUGUCUUUAGUCUAUGCAACUAGCAAAAAUCUGUAUAAUGCAGAAAGACACUUUACAGUUGUCACACUUUAAAUUUCACACGAGGAGUUCUUCACUAUUCUUCUGGAACCUAGUCUAGCAAAAUUAGAGGAAGGGCCCUAAAGAGAUUUCUGUUAAGAAAAAAAGCCUACACUUCAGGCUCAACAGCUCCAUCUACCACAGAUAACAGUGUCUACUGUCUCAACCCUCAGUUUACAGUGCUGGGACUGUCAUUUGUGUGGGGUAGUUGGAUAAAAUUGGGCAGCUAAAUUUCUCAGUCCCCGAGUGCCUCCUAAAUAAAAAUAAUAGUUUAUAAAUGGACUCACAGAUACAAAGUAGCAGCUAUCCUGCAUGUUUGUUGUUGGGUUUUGUGGACAGGUGAACAUGCAUUCAGGCUUCGGUGGCUCACACAGUUGCACAGAGCAGCACACCUGCAGCAGGGUGAUUGUUGUGUACAUCUUACAUUGCUUUGCAUGGUCUCCUUUGAGAUAAUCAGUGUAAGAAUUUUGACUUUUUUUUUAUAUUUGGAAACAUCAAAUAAAAAUGGAAAUAAAUUA